CAGCUGCUCUCAAGACCGAGGAGAGGGAAACAGUGGCGCGGCCUUCGCAACACUAAUAUGAAGCCGAACGGCCACCGUACCCACAGAGCAGCGUGGCAUGAGCGGGGAACGUGACCCCACGUGAUUACAUCGACCAUGACGUCACUGAAACUACCCAAGAAAGGGCGGCCUCACCACCCAGCUUUGCUGGGUCUGGUUGCAGUGCUGCUGGUACCGCUGGCACUCGGGAGAGCCGGUGUUGCCGCUGCCAGCGACCCACCAUCCACGACAGAGGCCAGCGUUGGAACGUCGACAGGAGCGGCCUAUUCGCCAGCCACCGAGCAGACGGUGGAAAAUAUCCCAAGCAGUUUGCAAACUACGACUCCUGGGGCAUCACUGGACAAUGCAACAGCAACGCCGACGGCGUCCUCUGCACAUACCACCUCGUCGGCACACACACCUGAGCAGACUUCAUCCCCUGGUCACCAAACGAGCACCGCAAGCUCUGAAACGACGACGGGGGAUUCGAUAACAAAACAUACUUCUACUGUCGCCACAACGGAGACUGUAACAACACCCGCUGUCACUCAUUCAGACGAGGCAACCGUAACGCCGAGCAUGGAUAUCGAUGGUCACCAGCCAAAUGCCACCAACGGAACCGAUACGACACCGUCAGUGGCGGUGACUACAACGACGGUGGCUCCGACGACACUAUUACCGACGACGACCAAGCGCAGGGUGCCAGAGGUCACCGAGGAAGACGUGGUCAUGAAGUCAACGCCCACCCAGCGGCGACUGCUACUGGUGCUUCGCGGCAACUGCAGCCACGAAAGCCUCAAGAGCGACGUCCAGGGCGCUUUCCGAAACCUGUCCAGUGCCGCCGAAAACAUAAGCGUCACCGACAUCCGCUGCACCACGCUGUUAGACGUAAACGUGACGUUCAAAGCCGGUGAGUUGCAGUUGAAGCAGCUGCUGCGCAACCUGAGUCUGGCCGGCACCCUGCAGUUGGGUGGCGACGACAGGCAUUUCCUGCUGACCGACUUUUCGGUCAAGGAGCAUGUCUCCACCGAUGGAGCACGCACAGUGCGUUCCCGCUGGGUGCCGACGCGUGAGGAGCUCAUCAUCUACGUCGCCGUGGCGGUGCUCUUCGGCAUCGUGCUUAUCAUCGCCUGCGUGGUAUGCAGCAUCCGCUGCUGUCGCCGACAGCCGUCGAAGACACUCGACUUCCUCGACACGCCGCGCCUCAACCUUCGCCUGGAAGACUACACGCUGACGCGCAUACCGCGUCCUCAUACAGUGUACGCCGAUCACCUGCGCACGCCCGACCAGGAGCUGGGCGUGGUGCAAGCCUUCGACACGUGCGUGGUACCACUGGAGGACGUCAUGCCACCUCCAGCGCCUACAGUGCCCGCGCCACCGCGCCCGCCGCCCAGACGACCCGCCGAAGGCUGGAGGACUGAGCCACUGAUGACGUUCGGGGGCAAGCACACCAAGCCUUCACCCGCCAACGGCCUCAAGGUCGCCCGUAGAAGCACUACCCGAGCUGAAGAGGAAGACGACGACGAGUCCUCCCUAAGGGGAAAUGGCGCACUGUCAACGUCGACCGAACGCCUAGCCCGGAGGGACUCAGGUCGCCGGCAGGGAGUCGACAAUCCCAUCUACUUGGUGGACCGCAGGAAGUCAAAGGGCUGAAAGCCUGCGGGAUCCUUACAACCCUGCCAUUCCGCCGGAAGCUCGAGCCUACUGCGUGGACCUGAAAACGAACUUUACACUGCAGGGCGUCGGAUGUGGGUUCCUGGACUGGUGGCUCCUGCUUUCUCACCUUGAGGCUGUUCGCCGCGAGUAUGGAAAGAUGUAGGCUAGUUAUGGCUUAAAGCUGCGGUGUAUAACUCUUGCGUCACCAGCCAAGGCCACUCGGUUUGCUAAGGCCUGGCACAAGCAGGGACUUUACUGUGCGCGUCAACGAGAGGUUGUGCUUUAGAAAGGAAUUUCGGGGAAAAUUGGAUUGCGACGAUAAGCCUCGCAGCGGUCUGACCCUUGACACGUCGCCAACUUGGGCAGCAUAGACGGAGGCGUGUUGUCUCGUGUUUGAGGCCUAUACAUUACACACAGCUUCAAGCAUGCUGGCAGUGUCAGUUUGCGUUGUUGUACAAACGUGUUCUUUUUUUUCCCCCGAGACCGCUUUUUAGUCAGGCUUUCACUUAAUUAAUUUGCUUCGUUUUCCUGUUUUCAAGUCGUUUCUAUUUACAGGUAAUAGCAUGUGGAUGAGUAUGUUCUAGUUUUCGAUCCUCGCUAGAUGCUUAUAGUUUGGCCAAGAGCGCGUACUUAUAGGCAACUUGUAAAACAGUUGGAUAUGUCCUUCGUAUGGUGUGGCGAUGGUGAGCGCGUUGUUUGAUAUGCCCCGGUAAAAUAAAUGGCCUCAGAAGUGGGAGAAAGUUAAGUAACUCCCUGCCACUCGCAGUCAGAGGCCUUGAUUGUUGGUAGUCAACGGGUUUGGUGUUGCGUGUCCCCUAGUUCCAACUCUUCACGAAGAUAGCCGUGGUACUUCUGUAUAAGCUUCUUCUUGAAAGUGCUCUCUGACAGAAAUGUAGGCACUAUUUCGCCGGCGAAAUUUCACGUAGUAGGUGCGGUAGUGGUUAUAUGGAACACGUUAUGUUUUUUUUUUUUUGUCCAAACCAAAAUCAUUCUUUCAAGAUUGCUCAGAAUGUGCAUUGUAGUUUGGCGAAACCCAUUUGCCCCACCUAUCGUGAGAAAUACAAAACGAUCAGUGGAAUAAAUUAGAAAAACAGCUCUUCCUGAACUGACUUGGCACAAACGGGCGUGCUUUUAGCAGUGCGGCAUUGUUCUGAAACUUUGGCUAACUUAGAAGUGUGGCAGCUUGGGCUAGUUGGUAUGGCAUGACGUUAGUUAUAGCGCGAGAACAAUGCGACGACACAGAGACAAGUCUUUCGUGUCCUUCUUGUCUCUGUGUCGUCGUAUUGUUCUCGCGCUAUAACUAUCGUUUGGCUAACGUUGUAUAUCCGUUAAAAAUUGCAAGAUGUCAUCUACGUGUGUCACUUUGUAUCACACCGAGCAAGCCUCCGGGACCUUAUCUUUGGAAACGGACAGCAUUUCUGGGCAGCUGUCAACCCCAUCAGAAGUAAAAAUUUCAUUCCUAACUUUUUUUAUGUGCUUUGUCAAAGGUCUGCAUACAUUGUGACAUCGAUAGAAAAAUCCCAUGUUCUGGGAGAUGCAACUUUAAUAUUUCAUGUUUCACUUUUACGAGAUGUUAUUAAGUGGCGUUUUAUAUGUUUUGACACCUUUAAACUUCAAAGCUUUGUUUCUUUCUGCAAAAAAAAGUAGCUGGUUUCAUAGAAAAAGAGAUGACCUAUGCGAAAGAAAAGUUUUAAUUAAAAGUUGCCAUCGAAAAUAAUCCCGAUGUCUCAAUCGGAACACAAAAUUUCUGUGCUGUGUUCUGACAACAAAGCAUGCCUUCUUUCUUACAACUAAGCGUUAUUCAAAUUCAAAUUCUGGGUGGUAGCUUGCUCGAUAUUUUACGGCAUCAUCCUUCAGUUUUCUCAUCCCUACAGUGAUACCGGAUAACAUCUGCAUAUUUCUUUCUACUCACCUUUCAAUUUUCAUCAUGCGUAGCAGUUAUGGCUAGUGUUGAAUUACCAAAUUAUCUCAAAUUUUUAUGUAACUUUUCUUUGUUUAUUUUUUGCAGCCUCAUACGUAGAGGUGAAUAUCAUCCAGGUAGAAUGCGCCUAUGUUUAGUGCGCAGUUUACAAUACUUUUCUUCCUAUUUUUGUCCGUAGUGUUUUGGAUUUUUUUUAACUUCGGACUGGCAUUACUUUUUUGCUUUACUUCAUUUUUUUUGAAUGAGCACGGUCUAAAUCUCGAGAUCCAAGUACAAUGCAUGAGCGAUUAAUUUUUUAAGAAGCUUAUAUACAAUACAUAGAUAACUUUUAUGUGUGAAAGCACCAAUACACUAGGACAUUACACACUGUUCACCACUCGGUCGCAACUGCAGUUUCGGGGUCUACAUCACUGCAGUUGUUUUUCGCGGGCAUCUACGCCCGACAUAGAGGGAUGCUAGAGAAGCAAUCUCUCCUUAAUGGGCAUUACACGUACAAACUUUUUUCGCUGUCUCAUCCCUGUUUCACUCCUGUGCUCACUGUGUAUUUCUUAGCUUCGUUAUGGUUUAUCUGUCCAUAUUAAAAUGCGAGCUGUUGCUUGUGCACGAGCAUCUUUAGUGGGCUUGUUUGAACAUGUGUCCAAGUUGACCUUUGCUUCAUGUGUACAGCGUGUGUUCCCGCCUCGGGCUUUGGAAGAGUCCGGUGAUAUGUACCCCAGGAUGCCAUGUAUGUAACCACAUACACACACAAACACACACGUGACGAACAGAAUGAGAAAACCACGUGGUAUAAAAGGAAUAAAAGUGGAGUCGUUCCGUUACUUUUGUAUCAGAGAUGUACGCGUGACAAUAAAUGUCAUUGGACAAUACAUUAGUACGAAUAAAUGUGGUGCAUGGCGUGCCGUUGUGCACCAAGUUUUUUAUUCAA